GAGACCCGCCGGGGAAGCGGCAGGAGGCGGGCGGGCGGGCGGCACCCGGGAGUCGCCCCGAAAGGCGAGAAGGGCACGAUUCGCAUCUGGCGGCGGCGGCGGCGGCUCUCUGCAGAAGGGCGAGAAGAGCGCGCUCCUCGGGUCUGUCAAGGGAGACUUGGCUGGAAGGCAGCAAAUGGCGCUCUGAGGCUUUCUCGGCCACUUUUGCGACGGGCACUUCGUAGGGAUGGGGACUGUGGAUAACAUCAAGGACUUUGUGAGCGUGGGUCCUGUAGAGUUUAGCACCUGGAGCAAAGAUGCAGCAGCAAAGAUGCAGCAGACCAUCGGGGAUGAAGGUGGACAAGUGGGCACGUUUGUGCGUUCAGUGCCAACCAGGGAAUCUCUCCGGUCCCCUCGGGGGUCAGUCGUGAGUUUCCACAACAUCCAGUACUCCAUCAAGCGGUCCCAUGGGCUCCCGGGCAAGCGGACCGUGGUGGAGAAGAAAAUCCUUCAGAAUGUAUACGGCAUUAUGAAGCCAGGCAUGAAUGCAAUUCUGGGACCAACGGGCAGUGGCAAAUCAUCGCUCCUGGAUGUUCUGGCGGCCCGGAAGGAUCCUGCCGGCUUGUCUGGGGAGGUCCUUAUUGAUGGUGCCCUGCAGCCUCCCAAUUUCAAGUGCAUCUCAGGCUACGUCGUCCAGGAUGAUGUUGUCAUGGGUACAAUGACUGUGCGGGAGAAUCUGCUCUUCUCUGCAGCCCUGAGGCUCCCGAGCUCCAUCAGCUUCCAAGAGAAAGAAGAGCGAGUGGCCCAGAUCAUCAACGAGUUGGGGCUAAGCAAAGUGGCGGAUGCUAAGGUAGGGACCGAACUGAUCCGAGGGGUAUCUGGCGGAGAGCGGAAGAGGACCAACAUUGGGAUGGAGCUGAUCACAGAGCCCCCAGUUCUGUUCUUGGAUGAGCCCACAACUGGUCUGGAUGCCAGCACAGCCAAUGCGGUGCUUCUCCUGCUAAGGCGGCUCUCCAGAAGAGGCAGAACCAUCAUCUUCUCCAUCCACCAGCCCCGGUAUUCCAUCUUCAAGCUCUUUGAUAGCCUGACUUUGCUGGCUUUGGGGAAGGUUCUCUACCACGGCCCGGCCCAAAAUGCCCUCGAGUAUUUUCGUUCUGUGGGGUAUGAGUGUGAACCUUUCAACAACCCAGCUGACUUUUUCCUCGAUGUGAUCAACGGUGACUCUACGGCCGUGACAGCCGGGAAAGGUGUUCAGAAGUCCAAGGGAACAGAUGUGAAAAACCACACUGAGACCGAUGGUGAGAAUCCUGUGGAGGAGGAGGAGGAGCAGGGCAUGGCCAAAACUGUGGUGGACUCUCUGCACAAGAAAUACCUGGCCUCCAGUCAAUACCAGGACCUGCUGAAAGAGCUCCAGAGAGUGGAGAAUGGCCAAGGCAUUGCUGGGAAGAAGCUACGGCUGGGAGCCCAAGUGACCUAUGCCAAUGGUUUCCUCACUCAGCUCUACUGGGUUUCGCAGCGCUCCUUCAAGAACCUCAUUCGAAAUCCUCAGGCUUCUGUGGCACAAAUUCUGGUGACCGUCAUCCUGGCACUCAUUGUGGGCGCCAUUUUCUUUGGCGUGAAGCUCAACGAGAGCGGAGUUCAGAAUCGAGUUGGAUCCUUGUUUUUUGUAACCACAAACCAGUGCUUCUCCAGUGUGUCUUCCAUUGAGCUGUUCAUCAGGGAUAAGAAACUGUUUAUCCACCAGUAUACCAGCGGCUAUUAUCGUGUGUCAGCCUAUUUCCUGGCUCUGAUGUUUGGAGACCUGCUCCCCAUGAGGACCUUGCCGGCUAUUGUCUUUUCAUGCAUCAGCUACUGGAUGAUCGGCUAUCGAGCGGAAGCAGGGAAGUUCUUCUUCUUCAUGUUGACGCUGGUGCUCGUGUCCUACACAGCCACCUCUAUGGCCUUGGCCAUCUCUGCCGGGAUGAACGUGGUGGCCAUCGCUAACCUCAUCAUCACAAUUUGCUUUGUUUUCAUGUUGAUCUUUUCAGGCUUAUUGGUGAAUCUUCCCUCUGUGAUGGGUUGGCUGAACUGGCUGAAGUACUUCAGCAUUCCUAGAUACGGUCUGACGGCCCUUGAAGCGAACGAGUUUAGAGGCUUGGAUUUCUGCGGCAACGUCAGUGAAUCCAGGUUGUGGACUAGCUGUUCCCAAUAUAUCCCCCAGCCUGGGCAAAUUUGCUCUGGUGAAGAAUAUCUCUGCAGCCAGGGAGUGGAGCUAAAUAACUGGGCCAUGUGGGAGAAUAUCAUUGCCCUCCUCUGCAUGAUGGUCAUCUUCCUUGUGAUCGCCUACGCCAAACUCCGGUUCAUGAAAAAGUUCACCUGACUCGCCUCUUUCAGCUGCCUUCACAGAUCCAAGAGAGGGGCUGUUUGGAGGGUGCCAUUCAGUGCUGGGGAUGCUGCUUUGGGCGGAACAUUUUCCCCAGUUCAGUGCCAGUGACCGCUUCACCUGGUGAUCCGUUUCAGCUUCCUAAAGAUCUAAAAUUGACUGUUUUGCUGGUAAGAGGGAAUACACCUCUGAAACAUGCCUUCUGUUUUGAUUGUUAACCACUGCCUGUUUGAAUCUGGAUUUCACUCUGCAGCCAUUGUAUUUUCCAGGAAAUGUAUCACAUUGAAUCUGAAUAGCAAGUAUCAGUAAGAGUGGAAGUUGAUGACCCUACAUCUGUUGUUGUAACAGUUAUUAUUAUACACUAGCCCAUGACUAGAGUUGGAUCAUGGCCUCUGUCUUUUCAAACUAACAUUUUACUAAUGUUGGAUUCAGAUCCCAGCUUGAAGAUCUCAAGGGAUGAUGCCCAAAUCCAUAUUUUUGCUACUUAUGGAAAUGUCCUUAAAUUAUAUGCUAAUAACAAAGAAAUCUCAUGCUUUAAAAUAUA